ACCGAACAAACAAGGAAUGGGACAUUAACAAGCCCCACCUCCACUUCCACCACCAGCCAAAAUUAUACACAUGAUUAGAGGAGGAUUGGAAGCAGGGGGGAUGAGCUCCAAACAAAGAAAGUUAUAUGUCAGAGAGGUCAAGCAUCAGAAUCGAGCCCAGAAAAGAAAACUUGAUGAUGCUGACUGGAAAGAUCAACCGAUCACUUUUACACCUACUAAUCUUGAAGGGGUGGUAACACCUCACAACGACCCUUUGGUCAUCUCAGUAAUGAUCAACAAUUGUCAAGUACAGCGUGUACUUGUUGAUACUGGCAGUGCACUUGACAUCAUGUACUACCACUGUUUUGAGAGCCUAGGGCUCGACCUAGCUCUACUACAAUGUUACGAUGGUCCCAUAUAUGGCUUCAACAAUCAACUAGUUCCAAUCGAAGGGAUCCUAACCAUGAACGUUGCAUUUGGAAGUGGACGAACCUAUGUGACUCCUUCAGUUCGGUUUCUGGUGAAAGACAAAGACCAACUAGCAGAAAAUCCUCCACAGGAAAUCCAUGACAAUCGGCAAGUGAUGGGAGUUGAAAUCCUUGAUAACCGACCUGAGGAUGAAACCCGAGCUACUCUGGGUGAAGAUGUUGAGGAAACAUGCCGGGAAUUCCCACCUCGGUAUCUCAACACAAACUCAACAGUAAUCCACUCAAAGAAACCAGUGGCCCAGAAGCGACGCCUCUUCGGGGGGAAAGGGGUCGCCAAUCCUAUGUUGGUAAAAAAAGCAAAUGGCAAAUGGCAAAUGUGCAUCGAUUAUACUAACCUCAACCAGGCAUGUCCAAAAGACUGUUACCCAAUGCCAAACAUUGACAAGCUAGUUAAGGCAGUUUCUGGAAACGAGAGAUUAAGUCUCUUGGAUGCAUACUCUAGCUAUCACCAAGUCCCCAUGGCUCUUGAAGACGAAGAGAAAACCUCAUUCUAUAUUGGAGAUGAAAUCUAUUGCUACGUGAUGAUGUCCUUCGGCCUAAAGAAUGUAGGCGCCAUUUACCAAAAGAUGGUUACCAUCGUAUUCCGAGCUCAAAUAGGCUGGAAUCUGGAAUUUAUAAGGGGAAUUGAGGUUAACCUCCAGAAGAUCAAAGCAGUAGCUGAGAUAGAGUCAUCGAAGUUAGUAAAAGAUGUACAGAGGUUAACAUGGAGAGUAGCAGCUCUUCAUAGAUUCAUCUCGAAAUCAGUAGAUAAAUGGCUGCCGUUCUUCAAGAUCAUGAGAUUGGCAGCCCAGAAGGAUGAAUCUGGCAAACAAAAGAAAUUAGAAUGGAAUUCAGAAUACCAAGUUGCAUUUGACGAGCUGAAGUCUUAUCUUAGCUCACCUCCUUUGCUGUCAAAGGCUAAUGAUAAAGAAAUCCUUUACUUGUACCUCGGCAUAUCAGAUGAGGCUAUCAGUUCUGUGUUAGUGAGAGAAGAGAGGAAGCAACAGAAGCCAAUUUACUACACUAGUAGCGUGUUACAUGGAAAUGAAAUCAAAUAUUCUAUCACUAAGAAAACAGCCUUAGCUGUUAUUCUGUAUGUUGAUGGAGCAUCAAGUAACAAAGGUUCUGGCGUUGGUGCAAUCCUACUUGGCCUAGAUGGGUACAGAAGUGAACAUGCUCUGAAAUUUAACUUCGAUGCGACAAACAAUAUGACUGAGUAUGAGGCUCUGCUACUUGGCUUACAGUUGGCAAUAGAGCUGAAGGUUGUGGCAAUACAAAUAUGCAGUAAUUCACAACUAGUAGUCAAUCAGGUCAACUCAGUCUGUGAAGUGGUCGAUCCUGUCAUGAUGAAAAAUGAGGUUGAGGAAGAAAGCAUCUCGGUACACCUUGUUAAUGACGUCCUCUACAAGAGAUCUUUCUCACUCCCUCUACUCCGCUGUUUGAACCCUUAUGAGGCUGAAUACGCACUUUGGGAGGUGCAUGAAGGUGUCUACAGAAGUCACAUAGGUGCUCGAACUUUGGCUCAUAAAGUCCUUAGACAAGGAUAUUAUUGGCCCAACAUGUAUAAAGAUGCCACUCAAUUCGUACAGAGGUGUCAGAAAUGCCCAUUCAUGAAAGGGGUCAGAGGUGUAACCCAUCUGAUUGUUAGUGUAGAUUAUUUUACGAAAUGGGUUAAAGCUCAGCCAUUAUCCGGUCUUACCUCCAAGAAGGUCGAAGACUUUGUUUUCAGCUCAAUCAUCUGCAGAUAUGGGAUCCCGAAUCAGAUUGUGGCUGAUAAUAGAACUCAGUUCAACUGUUCCUCAUUCAAAGAUUUCUGCUCUAGUUAUGGGAUCAAAUUGCAGUUCACCUCGGUGUACCACCCGAAAUCUAAUGGGAUGGUAAAAUCUGUCAACAAGGUUAUACUCGAGGGGAUAAAACCAAGGUUAGAACUGCAUAAGGCCAGGUGGGUAGACGAGCUCAACAACGUCCUUUGGGCAUACAAAACCACGAGCCGAACUGCCACAAUUUACAAGCAUAAAAUAGCCAACUUCUACAACAAACGAGUUCGACCUCGAACAUUCAAAGUAGGAGACAUUGUUCUCAGAAAAGCUGGUCUAAUGGGGUUCGAAACUCGAUUUGGAAAGUUAGCACCAAACUGGGAAGGCCCUUACACUAUAGCCGAAGUGCCGCACCUAGGUGCUUAUAUCCUACGGGACACUGAAGGCAAAAAGGUUCCUAGAGUCUGGAAUGUCAAUAACUUGAAGAAAUUUUACCCUUAAAAACACUUCUUUUCAAUGAACUUUGUCUCAUUUUUAUAAUUGUCAUUAUUCUCUCUUUCUGCUCAAUGUAUAUACGAGUUCAAUUCGUUUAUCUCAUUAAUGAGUUUCACUUCACAUUCGAAGUGAUUCAGUUCUUCCUACUUUUCUGUACAUUAGAAGUGAAUUUUACUCAUUCCCGAAGUUAAUUCAUUGUGACUUGUUCAAUCACUUCAUUUUCCGGGUUACGAUUUUAUUAAUCAAUUACACCUUACUUU